GUGACCAUUACCGCUGCUCUGUGUUCCGCCGGAACCAUCGGUCGCAGCUCUUUACCCGGGGAACGUUUAGAGCCGCCCUCCUGCUUCCCCCGUUAAGAUGGCGGCGCAGGUGAUGGUGGCUUCGCGUGGGAGAGUCGGAGAGGAAUUCAGCGAUUCCGAUGGAGAUCUUGCAAAUGACUGCUUCUCUUCAGAGGAAGAUGAGAAAAAUGAUGACCCAAUGGCUGAACCUGGAGGGGAAUCAACAGCUUCGAAUCCCAAUGCUGGCUGGGCAGAUGUAAUGAGCAGAAUUCUAAAUAAGAACGUACCUGAUGACAAACCAACCAUACUUGCCAAAAAUAAGGAGAAAAAGAAAGAAAACAAAAAACAGAAACAAGAGAUGUCAGAAAAGAUGAAAAAGCUGGAUGAAAAGAGAGAACGGGAGCAGAUGUGCCGAGUGAAACCCGAUAUAGUUCAAGACCGGGAGGCUGAGAGGAACUUGCAGAGGAUAGCCACUAAAGGCGUUGUGCAGCUGUUUAAUGUGCGAAAGCAUCAAAUUGUUGUGGAUGAAAAGGUUAAAGAAGUGGGUGGGUCUGAACGAAAACGUGCCAAGUUGCUGUCAUCUGUCUCAAAGAAAGACUUUAUCAAUAUGCUUCGUGGAUCAUCACAGAGUGCACAGCGGGACUCGGCAGAAAAGGCUCCUAACAGUGAAAAACAGGUUGUGGUUAAAUCAGAAGAAGUUGCAGCAUGGAACAUAUUACGCGAUGACUUCAUGAUGGGAGCUACCAUGAAAGACUGGGAUAAGGAGAGUGACGAGGAGAAAAGUGCUUGAUGUUGCUGGCCAGGAAAGUGCUUCAGACUGAUGAGCCUUCUAACCAGAAACACUUCUCGCUUUAAAACGUAAACUACAGCGAUGCUCAUUCUGUGAAUGCAAAAAAUUGUAUAAAUAUAGGGCCCACUUUUUUUCCCCCCACAAUAAAGCAAACUAUUUCUUUCCAAUCUCUUUUUAAUCGUUUCCUAAAUCCAGACACUUCACGGCGCUUUGCUUCCUUCCGAGCUGAAUGUGAUUACCUGGAAUGCAGGAGAAAUGUUGAUGCUUGUUGAGAUCGCACUUAAGAUGGGGUUAAUAGAGAUAGCGUUUAUUCUUGAACAUGAUCUCGUCUUUUCGAGGUUGAUGUGUGUCGGAGCUGCGCCAGUGAGGUGAGGUGUUUUAAACGCCUCAGCUCCUCGGGCAGCUUAUAACCCAUUCUGAAGUUCUGUGAAAAGUUGUUCCAGGCGAAGGGUUUUGCGCAGGAUUCGCCCCGGCAGAGUAAUGCGACGGUGGGCGAGGAAUCUCGUCAGUGGGGAGAAGCAGCCAUCGCACCUGCAAGAACCGGCUGCUCUUCUCACCUUUGCUGUGGCACUUGUGGCGUCCACCUGGUAUCUCAGUGGAAUGUUAGUGUCCCUGACCACGUAGCUUCCAGCCCCGUAAAACCUUUUACUGGGAGGAUUUGCUUUUUUUUAACAGCUCCAAUAACAGUAUCUAAGACAAUGGAUAUUUGUGAUUUUAAUAUUUAUGCACCAAUUGCAUGACAGAUAACGUAGAUCUUGUAAGUUAUGGUGAACGGAGAAAUGCCAGCAAGAAUGCCGAGCUUCAGCUGGUGGGAGUUGCUGGAGCAACAGACAUUUACUCUGUGUGACCUGUGUUCUUUAUUUUACUGCACGUUUUUAAUGGGAGAAUUCCAAUUGUGCUGCCGAGUCUGAAUCACUUUAUUUUCCCCUGCGAUGUGGAAAUAUUUGCCCAUCUGUCUGUUAGUUUAAAAACCAAGCUCCUUGUCCAACUGUCUACUCUGAUUUUUCUGAGUCACGUAGGGAGACUCAGAUGUUCAGAAUAGCAAAGUAACCGGAGCCACAACGGCCCACUCUGUAGAGGGAUGCCUCCUGCUUCAGAAUCUGGAGCCCACCUGGGCCCUAGUGCUCCUUUAAAUGAUGUUAGUUUUAAGGGUCGUUUAUAAAACGCUGUAUUUUUCCCAACCUUGAUUGUUUUGUAAUUUCAUCCAAUUUGAACUGCAGUGUUUGAUUAGAAAGCAACAAAAACGAGAGUUUUCUUCUCUGUCACUUCCACCUCUUUCCUCCCCCCCCAAAAAAAAA